GCUAAGACUUCAAUCCAUCAUUAUCGCAGACAGGUGGUUAUCUUGAGCAGAUUCAGCUAUUGAAACAAUCAGUUUGUUGUCGUCAUUUGAGAGUGAGCUCUCGGUGAAGGUGGUUGUAAUUAUUUCAAUAUGAGCGCGGAAAGUCCUGUGAUAUCUACCAAGUAUGGUCCAGUUAGAGGAAUCCAGAAAACAGCGGCCACUGCUGUGGAAUACUACAGUUUUCAGAGGAUUCCCUACGCCAAGCCCCCUGUUGGUGAGUUAAGGUUUAAGGAUGCUGAACCGCCGACCUCGUGGGAGGAGCCGUUGGAUUGUAGCGUUCAAGGACCUGCAGGAUACCAAUUCAGCAAACUGCAGAACAAAAUCAUCGGCAGUGAAGAUUGCUUGCACAUGAAUGUGUUCACGAAGAGCCUAGAUAAGGGUAAACGACUACCUGUGAUGCUAUACAUCCAUGGAGGCGCUUUUAAUAGAGGUUCCAGCGGGGUGGAGAUGUACGGCCCUGAUUACCUAAUUCAGGCUGACGUUGUUUUUGUGUCGUUUAAUUACAGAAUUGGCGCUUUAGGAUUCAUUUCGUUUGACUCGCCCGAAGUCGGUCUUCCUGGUAACGCUGGUCUGAAAGAUCAGAACCUAGCGCUACGGUGGGUUGUCGAUAACAUCGCAAACUUUGGGGGUGAUCCCCGUAACAUAACGUUGUUUGGCGAGAGUGCUGGUGGUUGCUCGGUUCAUUACCAUAUGAUUUCGGAUUUAUCGAAAGGGUUGUUUCAGCGUGCGAUUGUGAUGUCGGGCUGUUCGUUGAACAAUUGGUCCACGGUACCGCGGAGACAAUUCAGUCAACGGCUAGCUAAAGCUCUGGGGUGGAACGGCCAAGGUGGAGACCAAGCUGCUUUGGAAGUGCUGAUGUUGGCGGCUCCAGAGGACAUCGUUGAUAAACAAGGAGCCUUGCUGACGGAAAAUGAGAAAGAAAACCGCAUCAUGUUUGAAUUUGGGCCUGUUAUUGAGCCAUACAUCACAAAGAGCUGCAUCAUUCCGAAAGAUCCACUGCAAAUGUGCCGAGAGGCUUGGAGCAAAGAUAUGGACAUACUUAUUGGAGGAAACUCGGAAGAAGGCCUAUUCAGCUUGAGUGAAAUUAAAGAGAACCCUGCUAUUUUGAGCAACUUGAGAGAUUUUGAAUACUUGGUUCCUCUGGAACUUGAUUUGGUAAGGACAUCUCAACGAUGCAAGGAGUUUGGUAAGAAAUUGAAGAAGCAUUACUACGGAGAUACGGAACCAUCUUUUGAAAAUAGAGAUGGCUAUUUAACACUUAUGACCGACAAAUUGUUCUGGCAUGGAUUACACCGGACGAUCUACGGAAGGAUCAAUUCUAAAACAACAGCUAAAACAUACGUCUACCGAUUCUCGGUUGAUUCGGAAACCUACAAUCACUACAGGAUCUACUUUUGCGAUAAGAACGUUCGUGGAACGGCUCACGCUGACGAUCUGUCUUACAUCUUUAAGAACCUUUUCAGUGAUGUUCCUCCAAAGGAAUCAUUCGAGUAUCGUGUAAUGACGGAAAUGAUUGGCCUGUUUUCACAAUUCGCUUCAAACGAUGGAAAUCCGAACGGAAAGGUUACUGAUAUCUGGGAACCGAUUGGAGAAGAUUUCGGAGCUUACAAGUGCUUGAAUAUAGCAAACGACGGGUUGGAAUUUAUAGAUUUUCCCGAGAUGGAGCGUAUGAAGCUUUGGGAUUCAAUGUAUGAAAAAGAACAACUGUAUUGA